AUCAGGCUGGUCAGGAAGUGUGUAGUGAGACGCGGGAGAAUUUCCUACGAAGACUUUUGCUGCGCAAUGUAGAUCAACCAUCGAUCUUCCUAUCCGUAGCAGUCCUCCUCGGCACCGAAUAUUCCGGAAGGUUUCCCAAUCCGCCUGCCAGAUGGAUGCCAUGGAGGUAGACCCUGUCCAACAGAGUGCGCCCAUCCCUGCUGCCGACCCCCCCAUCAUCCUCUCUGACUCAGGCAGCAGCACUGAAGUCGACGAGGAUGACGAAAAUGGCAGCGGCGAGGGCGGAGCGCAGGUGGCAUCCCUGCCCAUAUUUGUUGUUACGGAAAAUGCAAACAGCGAAAAUGGACAUCCCGGUGUGCAGCCAACCCCCACGCCAGCACAUCAAAGCGAGGACAGUGAGGGCGAGGGUGACACGUGUAGCAUCUGCCUAGAGGCCUGGACGUCGGCAGGUGACCAUUGGGUCGCAGCGCUUCGCUGCGGACAUCUUUUCGGAUUCAUCUGCAUCAAGAGAUGGCUGGCCUCUCAGCGCUCUGCUGCCAAAUGUCCGCAGUGCAACAAGAAGGCAAAGCGCUCUGACAUCGUGCGGCUAUACGCCCCCAAGCUGAGAGUCAUGGACAACAGUGAGCAAGAGAACCUGAAGAGGUCUUUGGAGGUGGAGCAGUCAAUGAGGAGGAAGGCCGAGCUGGAAUCGGCUCAGUACAAACUCAAACUUCAGGUGAUCACUAACAAGUACAGUCAAGCGCAACAGGAGCUGCAGGCAAUCAGAGCUCAAGCAGGCGGCAGCUCAGCCACUGCCGCAUCCUCCUCCUUGUCUCCGCAACGGUCCUGUCCAAAUUCUGACCUGAUGGCGCCGUACAACUUCAUUGACGCAAUACUGGUGUCCAAUUUUGGAGGCUGCCGAGUUUUAAGCCAUUGUGAAUCGCUCAACUGUCUGGUGGCCUCGCAGCCUUCUCCUCACCCUACGUUCAUGCCUGGCUGGGGCGUGAAGAAGGUCAGUCUGGCCAAUAUUAGGUCCAGUCAGUACGUUCCCAUCCACAGCGAUCAGGUGAGAGGGCUGUGCUUCAACCGGCAGAAUGAGGGAACACUGCUUUCGGCGUCUCUGGACAAAACCCUCAAACUCACAAGCCUUUCGGGCAGUGUGGUGGUACAGACGUAUAAUGCUGGCAAGCCGGUUUGGAGCUGCUGCUGGUGCUUGGACAACACAAACUACGUUUACGCGGGUCUCAACAAUGGCUCCAUUCUGCUCUAUGACCUCAGAGACACCAGCACCCACGUGCAAGAGCUUCAGCCACUGCGCGGCAGUUGUUUCAGGGCCCCAGUUACGUCGCUGUGCUACAUCCCUCGUGCGGCGUCCAGCACGUUCCCAUGUGGUGGGCUGAUUGCCGGCUCAAUGGAGGGUUGCUACUUCUGGGAGCAGCUUGGGGAGAACACGUACAAGCCGCACAUGCUACCUAUCGAGGCCGGAGGCUGCACUGACAUUCAGGUGGAGACGGAGAGCCGGCAUUGCCUGGUCACAUACCGAGCUGGCCGCGCCCACCCGACAGUUCGCUGUGUUCUGAUGGCUUUGACCCGGACCCCUCCGCUGGAAGAAGGGGAACCGCCCAGCUGCUCCUGCUCGUCCGUGCAGACCUUCAACGCUGGCUCGUCCUGCAAACUCCUCACCAAGAAUGCAGUCUUUGCCAGACCGCACGGAGGCGGUGCUCUCGUGUGCGCUGGAGACGAGGCGUCGCAAUCCACCAUGGUGUGGGAGGCUUCCAGCGGUGCGCUGCUCCAGAGGCUUCCGGCCGACCUCCCUGUGCUGGAUAUCACGCCGUUCAUGGUCAACGGUGAACACUUCCUGGCCUCAUUGACCGAGAAGAUGUUGAAGCUUUACAAGUGGAAGUUGAAAAGCGCAUAAAUGAGACUGAAAACCCAAGUUCACCAUUUCAUAGACAUCAUGUUCACUGUUCAGGCCGUCGAUUCCGUUCCUUGGAUUGACCUUAAUAGUCACUUUUUAUGGAGGAUACUGCACAUUUGGAUAUAUUUAACCUCCUGAGACCCAGAAGCCACAGAUAUUGGAGCAGCCUUAAGCUCAGGACCAGCCUGAAGUGCUCAGCAGUGGUUUGUAAAAAUAAACCACUCCGACAGAAAUUUUCUUCAUCAAUACACCGAUGAACAUGUUUUUAUUCUUGUCAUGACAGUUUGUUUCAGUAAAUAAAAAAAAAUGUUUC